GUACAUCAUUCAACUCACCACAAAACACAUCCCAAUAUUCACUUCCUUUCAAACUCUUCUAUCAAACUUGUACCAAUUUCCUAAUUUUCACCAGCUAUAUAUGGCACAAUCGCAACACCACAACCGUAGUAGAAGAUGCUGUUGCUGCCUCUUCAGCAUAAUUUGGAAGCUUAUCAUAGCAAUAAUCUUCAUCGUUGGUCUCAUAUUCCUCGUCUUAUUCCUCAUCCUCCAACCUCGAUCCUUCAAAUUCAGUGUCAAAGAAGCCAAACUCACCCAAUUCAACUACACCCCCAACACAAACACCCUCCAUUACAACCUUGUACUCAACUUCACCGCACAUAACCCAAACAAAAAACUCAACAUCUAUUACGAUGCAGUCGAGGGACACGUGUCCUAUCACGGAACAAGGUUCGCUUCAACAAACAUUACAUCGUGGUUAAAUUCGUUCAGUAUAUAUUCGUUCCGUCAAUACACGAAAAGCACGAAUCCUAUGAACGGUGUUUUUUCUGGGCAGCGUGUUGUGUUUUUUGACCAUGAUCAAGUUUCUGAUUAUGAACGUGAUGUGAAAGAAAAGGUUUUUCAUAUUGAUGUGAAAUUAUACUUUAGGAUGAGGUUUAGGCUUGGUGAUUUUAUUUUUCCAGAUAUUAAGGGUAACAUGAAAUGUGGUCUUGAUGUUCCUUUUGCUUCUAAUGGGACUAAGCUCGUGAAUGCAUUUGAACCCACUACAUGUGAAGUUAAUUUUUAAGGGUCAUUAUGUCUCGCGGAUCACUUAUUUGUUGGAUGAAUAUUUUUUGUAUUUUUGUAAUAUAGGAGUAUUAGAUUUUAUGAAAACAUGUUUAUAGAUUGUGUCAUUCUUUACACAUUUUUUUGUAUUUUUGUAAUUCAGGAUGAUAAUUUUGGAUUUGUUUCUUAUAAAUAAAAUAAAAUUACUUAAUAUAGUAUUA